AUCUGUUUUGCCGAUGAAUUUAUAUUUUUUUCUUUAUAUUUGACUGUUAGUUAAUUCAAUUUUUAAAAUGUGGGGAAAAGCGUUUUGUUCAAGAAUUUUUAUCAACAAUAAAAUUACCUGUAAAUCAAACAAUACUUUAAUUUAUCUUUUAGGAAAAAUUACAUUUACUGUUUGGUCUAUGUACUCUCCUACUAACCACCUGAAAACACCUGUCCCUCUCCCAGUCCCACCAGUCUGAACCAGAAUGAAUUACUAAUGUGAUUAUUAGACUAUUCAUCACACACUGUACAAUGAAGUAGUACUACGAUCUGGACUCCACUCGCACUGCAGGUGCACUCGCUUUCCUUUUCUGCAGUUUCUUCGUCUGAGCUCCAGAGAUCACUGUAGGGUCAGGGAUCUAUGGGUUCAAUUCCUCUCACUCCUUCACUCUAUUUCAGUCUCCUUCAUGUUACCUGCAUUUAACCCAUCACCAAAGUGAACAGGGAGCAUCUUAAGUGGUAAUUUGGCAGCUGAUGGACUCGAACCUGAAACCUUCUGGACCCAAGUCCGCUUCCACUGUACUUGCAGCACUCGUAUUGUGUUUUGUCUUGGGGGGCGGGGGUGUUCUUACAUCCCACAGAGUUUCUGUGUUCGGCCCUGUUCAGGGUAGGAGGGGGAGGAGUAAAGAGAGGAAGAGGAGUUGAUAGGAGGAGUGUCGGUCUAUGCUGGUGAUGUUGAGUCUGAGCAGAACCAGAAUCUUAUUAAUCUAACAAAUCUGAGUCCAAACCUCUGCAGCUGAAAAUCCGCAGAUCCUGACCAGAGCCAGGACCAGAGCCAGGACCAGGACCAGGACUUUUUUGCUUCUGUGCUUCAGUUUCUACUCCUCUUCCUCCUCUUCGUCAUCUUCACCAUGGCGUGGCCGUGCAUCACGCGAGCCUGCUGCAUCAACCGCUUCUGGGCGGACCUGGACAAAGCGGACAUCGCGGUUCCGUUGGUUUUCAGCAGAUACUCAGAUGUGGACGCGCAGCAUCUGCUCCAUCAGCAGAGGGCCGCGGCCGUUGCCAUAGAGACGCAGCCUCAGCAUCUCAGUGGAGGAGAGGAAGGGCAGCAGGAGGAGAAGGCGGCCGUCGCGGGCGGUGCCGCUGCGGCCAAACAUGGCUCUGCCGCGUCCGUCAUGCGUCAGGACUUCAGGGCCUGGAGAGUUCGACCUGAACCAAGCUGCAAACCCAGAGACGCGUACCGACCCACUAGCGGACCUUUCAACGACGUGACCCAGUACCAGAAGGAUUACAAGGCGUGGCCUUUACCCAGGAAAUACGACCACCCGUGGAUCCGCAGAGAAGGAGAAAGCGGCGUGGAAAAGAGCGUCAGGGAGGAGAAGGUAAAGGAGAAGGAGGAGGUGAAGGAAAAGAAGGAACUGAAGGCGGAAAAAGAGAUGAGGGAGGAAAACAAGGAGACGAAGAAGGACGAAGUCGAGAAGCAGACGAAGAAGAUGAAAGAGAAGAAAGUGGAGGCGGAGGAGAAUGAGAAGAAGGAGGAGGUGGUGCUGAAGAGGAGUUUGAAGAAGGAGAAGGAGGAGCAGAGCAGAGACCGAGCAGUUGCUGAUGCCUUGAACAAGCAGAUCAAGAAGGUGAUCGAGUCUUCCAGCUACAGGACUGAGUUCAAGGCCUACAAGGAUGUGAAGCCUGUAAAACCCAUCAAGGCUCCAUCUCAGUACAAACCCCCUAAGGAAGAGACCAAUCUGGAGACCAGCUACAGCGCCACCUUCAGGGGAGAGCAGGUGAAGGCCAACCCCGCUGACAACAAGCUGCUGGAGCGCAGGAGAAUCCGCAGCCUCUACAGUGAACCCAGCAAAGAGGCCAAGGUCAAGACUGAAAAAACACCUCCUCACAGCAAACCCAAAAAGACUGCCACCACCUCCACAGGAAAGACGAUGAGAAAAACCAAAGAGAAGCAAAUCGCUGGCCUCCAGUCGGCCAAGAAGAAACCUCCUCAUGAUCUUGCCGCUCCUUCCCCUGCUGUGACGGCUGCCGAGGCACCACCCGAGAGUGGAGUCACCAAGAAGAGCAAAGAGAUCAGCAACAGACUGGCUGAAGCAAAGCAGUGAAAUGUAAAAAAAACCUCUGCAGCUUUUACUAAGAGCUUCAGCUAACGAAGAACGUUCACCACUGAGGAGGUCUUCAGGCUGCACUCGUGACCAUCUGAUGACCAUCUGAUGAGAUGACUGUCUGAUCAUCAUCUCAUGACCAUCUGAGCAUCAUUUGUUGUUAAAAAAAUAAACAUGAUCAACUGAGAAUUAUCACAGGUAGAUGGUAGAAAUGAUGAUGGUGAUGAUGAUGAUGAUGAUGAUAAUGAUGGUGAUGCAGUGUGGACAUUUCUUCAGGUGAACCUUCUCUUUGCUGUUUCUUUCCUCACCUGCUGCUCAUUUUAGUUUUCACAGUCCGUGUUUAUGCAAAUUACUUAAUGCAACUAAUUUAACGUGUGUGUGUGUGUGUGUGUGCACAUGUGUGUGACGACUGUACUCUAUAUUGUACAGAGAAGCGUUUUCAUUGAGCACUUGAUUUGCACAUGAUUUAUGUAUGUGUUUGUGAUAAACACUGAGUGAGUAAGAUUUAGUGACAUCCAGUGGUGACAAUGCAGAUGAUGACAAACCCCUUAUUUGACAGGCCUCUGUUAUUGUCUGUCAGAUGACUAAUUGGUUCCAGACAACCCUGGACCGGCUGUGACUUUUCCAUUGUGAUUCUUUUUUCUUUUUCCUUGCAACUUGAAUGUAAAGGUUCUUUUCUCUCUGAGCUGCUGUGGAACCAGAGCAGCAAAAAAUGUCAAUCUAGACAGUGUUGGUUUCAUACACUGAACCAAAGGACUUAUGGGUAGUGAUUUGUGAACCAUCCAAAACUUUACACACUGGACCUUUAAGAGAAGCCGGAUCCUAAAUCUUGGUUUCAGUGCUUCAGUUCAUCCCCGGUGCUGGUGUCAUUCAGUGGUUCAGGAUCACUCCUGGUGUAUUCACUUUGGUUGAAGAAAGCUGUAAAAUAAGUGCAUGUUUGAGGUCGGUGUUCGAGGUAGAGUAGAAUCAGAAAAACACGGCUGAGCUGAAGACGUGGCAGUUGUGUUUGAUGCAUGAGCAUAAAUAAAAGACACUUUUUUACAGGCAAUGAAGGCAUCACCAAGAAUAGUCACAAUAGCUAGAGCCAGGGUUCCAGCAAGGAACGCCAGGAACCAUCUUUAAAGAUCUAAAUAGUUCAUGUCCUCUUGUGGUCUACAUCCCAUUGUAACGAUACCGAUCACUUGUGUGAAAACAGUCCUUCAGGUUCUACCAACAGAGUUCCUGUGCUCCCUGAUGGUCCUACCUCUGAAACAGGAACUGAUUUGGGGGUAAAAAAAAAAAAAACAGUCACAGUUUGAAUUUUGUUCCUGGUACUGAAUGUCUACCUUUGAUCUCUCUCCUUGUUUUUCUUUUUACAUAUUCAAAUCAAAUGUAGAGAAGCGGAAGAUCAAUGUCAACAAGAGAAAACUGUAUGUGAGAAAAGAGAAAAAACAUCUGGGUCACGGACCCUAACUCUGCAGGGCUGCAGGGCUGCUGGACUUUUAGCCAGUAUAGAACUUUUGGUUCCCAACCACAGGGAGGCAGCCCAAUACAAUUUUAACUCCCAGGGUGGAAAUGUUUUCAAAGUAUCUUCUGGUUCUCUGCAUUUACUUUAAAUAACAGAAAAGCACUUGGUACUCGGUACCAGUUCUACGUUUGGUUCUAUCCCAAGUUUCAAGUUCUUGUCCCUGUAGUAGUUGUAGGUACAAUAUCUUGUUAAGGAACUUUUCAGCGUUCUUUUGGCUUCACUCACAAACACAUUCACUGCAGAUUCACUGAUUAAACAGGCAAACAGAGUAGAACCAGAACCACUAGAUUUAAUUCAAUGUUAAUUACUGGCUGUAAACCAGUGAGUAGAUGAUGGGAUGGUUGGGAUUAUAAUGAAGGAGAAGUUUAUAUAAAUGAGUUGUGUUCUCUUAUUGAGUUCUGGGGAUUGUUUGUAAAAUCCAGUAACUGGUUAACUCAUUUAAGUAACUGGAAAAUGAUUCAAGUUUGUUUAAGAACGGAACCAAACAGGUGGAACUGAUGUAACUGAUGUAACAAGUGAAUGUUUAAAAUACACUUUAACAGAAGCAGUGUUUUGUUCACAUCUAAUGUUUACUCCCUCCUCCUCCUCUGAGCUGUGCUGCUGGAAAUGUGAAAUAAAAUUAAUCCAAAUAAAAGACUUUCA